AUCCUGAUUUUGCUUCUACCACAAAACUCCAAACAAUUCUUCAACAUGCGCUUUACGUCUAUUGUUUCCCUCUUGGCUCUGGCCGCCUCUGCCAAUGCUGCGAUCAGCGCCUCGGAAUUGAUUUCCAGCAUUGAUGCGAUCACAAAGUUGUCGUUUGACACCAAUGACAUUGCUAAGGACAUCUCUGCCACGAACAUCCUCACCAAGUCUCCUCAAUUGCUCAACAACCUCAAGCAGAUAAUUCAGUCUGCGACAAAAGAUAUCAAUGCCAUCAACAGCGAGCGUUCCCUUGAGGCCCACCAGGAAUCUCCGCAAGAUGCCGGCGAGGCUAUCAAGGAUCCAUCUGAAAAUUUUGGAGAGAUACAGGACCCUUUCCCCUACAGCGACGCUGAGCAGCUACGCAUUUGCGAUUCUUUCGAAAUCUUUACGGCGGCGAAGACCCUAUAUCUGAAUACUUUGGUUAAAUACGCUGGCCUUUUGAAUCGGCUCCCUUCCAAGUUAGUCGCUGCCAUUUUCACCAAUAUAGAGAAUUAUGUCGUUGAUCCCCUUGCCUUCUUUCUCAUUGACAAAGCCCCGGCAUGCGGCCAUGAUGUCAUGAAGGACGAGAACGAGUUGGAUAGAACUUUUAGUAACAAUAUUGAUAAGUUCUCGAUAUAA